AUGCGUUUGAAAGCUUCAAUUAAUGUGGCAAGACUUCUUUUGUAUUAUGAAUUGCCUUUUCGAGGUCAUGACGAAAGUGAAUCUUCAAGUAAUCAAGGCUACUUUUUAGAAUUUUUGCGGUGGCAUGGAGACAACCAUCCGGAUGUGGGAAAAGUAAUAUUAGAAAAAGCUCCACAAAAUGAUACCUUGACUUUUCCUAUGAUCCAAAAGGAUAUUGUCAAUGCUUGUGCUAAAGAAACAUUGAAAGUUAUAAUUGUGGACUUGAAUGGAGAUUAUUUUGGUAUAUUAGUUGAUGAAUCCAAAGACAUCUCACACAAAGAACAAAUGACUCUUGUUUUGAGAUAUGUUAAUAAAAAGGGUGAAGUAGUGGAGCGAUUUAUCGGUCUUAUCCAUGUUAGUGAUACAUCGGCAUGCUCAUUGAAGAAAGAAAUUCAUUCUUUGCUUUCCGAUCAUUCACUAAGUCCAUCUAAAAUACAUGACAAGUUGCAAAUAACACUUGUAGCUAUUGCUAAAAAACAUGUGGAAGUUGAAGACUUUUUUUAUCAUGUUACUAAUGUGUUAAAUGUUGUUGGAGGAUCUUUUAAACGUCGAGAUUUACUUCGUCAUCACCAAGCCGAAAAUUUGAAGCAAUUACUUGAGUCCGGUGAAGCUCAUACUGGACAAGGAUUACAUCAAGAGCGUGGGUUUCAAAGACCGGGUGAUACUCGUUGGGGAUCACAUUUCAAAACAUUGGAUAACUUUCUUGUUAUUUUCUCAUCCACUGUUCAUGUGCUUGGAGUGAUUGAAAUUGAAGGUUCUACUUCAAGUGAUAAAAAUCAAGCGGAAUAUCUUUUGACAAAGUCAAAGCAUAAGUGUUUAGAUGUUUGUUAUUCGCACCAUUUGCGUGUUGAAAUCUUUUGUGCGGUCAUUGAUGUGCAACUUCAUGAGCUUAAUGAACGUUUUGAUUUAGCAAGUAGUGAUUUGCUUCUUGGGAUGGGUAACUUGAAUCCUGUCAAUUCUUUUUCUAACUUUGACAAAGGUAGAAUUGUGACUUUAGCAAAGUGUUAUCCAAAUGAGUUUGAUGAUGAAAAGCUUCGAGAUUUGAGUUACCAACUUGAUACCUUCAUAAUUCAAAUGCGAUGUGGUAAUUCCAAGUUCUCCAACUUCCAAGGAGUUCGUGAUUUGGCAAAGGCAUUAGUUGAGGCAAAUCUUGUGGAGACUUAUUCACUUGUUUAUUUACUUGUGAAGUUGACUUUGAUUUUACCCGUUGUUACGACAACUGUUGAAAGAGCAUUCUCUUCCAUGAAGCACAUAAAAAAUGAAGUGCGAAAUAGUAUUGAUGAUCAAUAUUUAAAUGAUUGUUUAGUAUGUUACAUAGAGUGUGAUAUAUUUGCAAAUGUAAGUAAUGAUGUCAUCGUUGAUCGUUUUCAGAAUAUGAAAACUCAUCGUGGGCAAUUGUAA